CCCCACGCAUUUGCCUAUCCCCUUCCCCUUCUCUUCUUUUCUAUCUCAACUGUGGCGUCUUUCUCCUUUCUUCUUUCAUUUCUGGCCUGCUCCCUUUACUCACUAUAUAUGUUGUGAUUUUUAUUUUUAUUUUCUUCGUUUGUUCACAUCCCAUUUUCGAACACCAGAGCAGCAGAGAGAGACGAACUAGAGAGAGAGAGAUUUCUUCUGUUUACCCUUCUAGGGUUUUCUUCACCAUCCCUCUCCCCUUUGCCCCUUUUACAGAGAUUGAGGUAUUAUUCUAAUAUACUUCCUUUCUCUAGCCUCGACUGCUUUGGUUACUGGAUCCCCUCUCUGCCCUUAUACCCUUUUUCAGGGAUUUCAAGAGUGGGUUUUCUCUGAAGAAGCCCAAUUCUGUUCUCUGUACUCUUUGGAAGAUUUGGUGUACUUCUCAUUAAGACACGGUUUGAAGAUUGGAAAGAUGGGUUACCUUUGUGAUUUCUGUUGUGAGCAGAGGUCGAUGGUAUAUUGUCGCUCAGAUGCGGCUUGCUUGUGUCUAUCAUGUGAUAGAAAUGUUCACGCCGCCAAUGCUCUAUCGAAACGCCAUUCCAGAACACUCUUGUGUGAGAGGUGCAGUUCACAACCCGCACUAGUUAGAUGUGCAGAGGAAAAGGUCUCGCUUUGCCAGAACUGCGAUUGGAUGGGUCAUGGCACCUCGACAUCAGCUUCCGCACACAAGAGGCAAACUAUCAAUUGUUAUUCCGGUUGCCCUUCUGCUUCCGAGCUCUCCUCGAUAUGGUCCUUUGUUUUGGACUUCCCUUCUACCAGUGAAUCUACUUAUGAGCAGGGCAUGGGAUUAAUGAGCAUAGCUGAGAAUGUCGCCACGGAGGCCUGGCCAUCCUCUAAUGAAGAGGCUGACCGUCAAAACUUGGAGAGUAUUCUUGAGAUGAGCGAUUCACGCGAAGUUGGAAAGUCAAGUGCUUGGGAUGGAUCUCGACCGAUGACUGGGUCUGCUGCCAACCCAGAGAGACAAGGUCAUCAGCCUACUGGAUCGGGUAGUUCAACAUUGCCAAAGUUAGGCUUUCCUGGAAGUAAAGGUGCUACAUUCUGUGAAGAUGAUGGUCUUUAUGAUGACUUCAAUAUGGAUGAGAUGGAUUUGAAUCUUGAAAACUAUGAUGAGCUCUUUGGUGUUGGCGCCAACAAUCCUGAGGAAGCCUUUGAGGGUGGUGGGAUUGGUAGUUUGUUUGGGACAAAGGACAUGUCUGGUGCUGAAUCCUACUGCCAGGGUGCUGCUGCGGCUGAGGUGUCAUCAGUUGGACGUGUGAAUGCAAUGCAGCAGCCUACAUGCAGCAAUGCAGCAUCUGCUGAUUCCAUUAUGAGCACUAAAACUGAACCAGUUAUCUGUGUCACGCCAAGGCAAGGUCAUUCAAAUCUCUCGUUCUCCGGCAUUACUGGGGAAAGUAGUGCCGCUGCUGAUUAUCAAGAUUGUGGAGCUUCUCCAAUGCUGCUCAUGGGAGAGUCUCCAUGGGGUCCCCCUGGUGCUGAAGGUUCCCCAUCAGCGAACCGAACUAAUGCUGUGAUGCGGUACAAGGAAAAGAAGAAGACACGCAAGUUUGAAAAGAGAGUAAGGUAUGCAUCCCGCAAAGAAAGAGCCGAUGUACGGAAGCGUGUGAAGGGCCGAUUCGUGAAAGCCGGUGAAGCAUAUGAUUAUGAUCCUUUGACGGAAACCAGAAGCUACUGAGAGUACAAUUUUCUUAAAACCAAAUUCCCCUUCCAGAGAAGGAAAGAUCAGAUUGUUCUGAUGUGGAGAAAUUCAAUCCUUGUCUUUUCACUAGACACUGGCUGAAUAUCUCUACUUUUCCUUGCAGUGACGAUAUGUAACUGACUCUGAGGGUUUGAAGAGGAAGGGAGAAAGUUAUGUCAUAGGACGAGGAAAUGGAUCGCGGGAUUUAUAGUACUCAGGUCGACGAAAUUGAGCCCCCCUCCAUUCCCAAAGCCAUUGGUGGACUGACAAAAUUCCUGGAACAAUGGAGAGAGUACUUCAUUUGCAGUGUAUAAAAAAUGAUGAUGAAUGUUGGUGUAGACGUCUGACGAUGUUUUUGUAUUCUUGGAUUCGCGGGCAGUCGCUUUAUGAGAAAGAGCGGCUGAUCUCACAGGCUAGAGAAAUGAUCUCUCUGACUUAAGUUCUCAGCUUAAGUUAUAAUUUUGAUGGUAUGUAUAGCAAGAUGAAGAUUCUAUGUAUCUUUAUUAUUCAGAGAGCUGUGGUGACUGGUGACGAUAUCGAUAGCUGCCCCUCAGUGUUCCGGAGGGGUUGGUUAAAACUGUCUUUCUACAGGUUUGUACAUAUAUAGCCUCUAGGUAGAAUUGACUUCAACUAUGUAUUCCCUCUGAAGAGCUUUCUCUGUAACGAUGAGAUGAUAUGGUCGUUUCUGAAGCGUUUUGUGCUAGUGAAUUACUGUUUCUGUUGAUUAUGGAGCCAUUGCUUUCGAG